AUACAGAGUUGGACUGACGAAAAAGCGUGGGCUGCGGAUUUGUUGCGUUGCGUUGGGUUGAGCUGAGGGUAUAAGAACAGUUGGCGAACAUCCUCGACACUUCAGUCUUCCGCAGAAACCAAGUCAAGAAGAUGGCUCUAGAACGUCAAGUUCGCGCUAAGCUCGCAGGAAAGCGCGACCGGGAACAGGAGAAGGAGGCCCAGGAAUGGAUCGAAUCAAUUCUUGGAAAGAAAUUCCCCCCUAACGAAGCGUACGAAGAUGUUCUUCGUGAUGGACAAGUUUUAUGCGAACUUAUGAACAAGGUCGCCCCCGGAUCAAUCCCCAAGAUUAACACCUCGGGUGGACAAUUCAAAAUGAUGGAGAACAUCAACGUAUUCCAGAAAGCCUUAAAAGAUUACGGAGUGGCAGAUACGGACGUUUUCCAGACAGUUGAUCUUUGGGAAAAGAAAGAUAUUUCCCAAGUUACCACCACUCUUUUUUCUCUGGGGCGUGCGACGUACAAGCAUCCUGAGUGGAAAGGACCCUGGUUGGGACCUAAACCCGCAGACGAAUGCAAACGUGACUUUACCGAGGAACAACUUCGAGCAGGUCAAAGCGUAAUUGGUCUUCAGGCCGGUUCUAACAAGGGAGCUACCCAGGCUGGUCAGAGUCUUGGGGCAACUCGCAAAAUUCUUCUGGGAAAGUAGACAAAAAUUAGUACAAAAAACGAAAAGAAAGAAUAUCACAAGAUCUGAAGCUGCACCUAAUUUUAAUCUAUGUACUUAGAUGUCAAAAUCAUCACCCAGCACAACACAAACUUAAAUUUAUGUUUUGUAUGUAUAUAGAUAUAUAAAUAUAUUUAUUUUAAUUUUUAUAAAACGGAAUAUAAUAUAACGGUAUUAUUUAUAAAUCAUCAGAAAGUUUUAUCAUUAUGUUGUCUUAUCGAAUAUAAUAAUUGAUCAGACCGAAAUUAAUAAAAUACUUUCUUUCGUA